AUGUCUGCAACUCCGUCUACUCUUGCCUUCAUCAAGUUCAUCCCUAGGAGCGUACCUUUAGCAUCUGAGGAUCUUCCGGUUGAGCGUCCAAUCAGCAGGACUCUUCUAGUAGACACGGCGCCGGAUCGCGAAGAUACUCUGAAAAGCCAUGCCACCACUGUUGAGCAGCUUCGUCAAUCCCUCAAACUUAGGUCGAUGUCACCUCAGACUCAAUGGCUGUACCACUCUGUUGGCUGCGAUAGCGCCCAGGCAGUCACCAAUUCUGAAUCUGUCGUUCGCGCUUCAACCUGGCUGGAUGCCUCGUCGCCAGCACACGACGAGGCCCGCAAUACUCCAGGGGGCGCCAAGUUAAACUCUCGUCCUGCAUCGUCUGGUUCAGAAAAUAGCACCCAGGGCACAAUAGCUUCGCCCACUGCGGAACAACGCCUUGUCAGAGAUCCUGGCAACGAUUCCCUGAAGGCAUGGAUACUGAAAUCUACCACUUCAGACGGUCUGUUGGUUUCCCCUCGACCGUUGGGACCGACACACAUCUUGGUAGCUUUUCCGUCGCAGGACCCACUGGCAGGUUCCUCAAUAUCUGUCCCUGCGCGAGCCCUCGAGUUUCCUAUCAACGACCUAUUGUUCGUGUUGAAUGCGCCAAAUCUCUCACGAUCACCCAAACUCCCGACCCGUUUGUACCAAGAGCUUCCCCGUGUUGGUGUCCGAGUUCCAGACGUCGAGACUUUUCGUCACCUUGUCAUCUAUCUUCAUACCCGAAACUUGGGGCAGCUGAUACGCGCAAUCAUUCCAGAUUGGAUCAGGGAUAUCGUGUAUCCCUUGACUGCGCUACCUGCCUUCGCAAUGGCCGUGUCCGACGCAAAGGAGAAACGGAAACGCGGGUUGUUUGGGAUAUUGAACGAUGUCGGCCUUACCUGCUCAUGCAUGAACGAUGUUGCUUUCGAACCGCAAGAGAAGCAGCCUCGUCCCGAAAACCUUGUUGAUGCAGUGGCACAGGAACUCGCGGAGGCGUCUCGUGAAAAAAAUCGUAGUGAUCUGAUCAAGUACACUGCGGCACUUGAUGCAAUGAGGGCUAAUCUCGGGCUUAUAGGAUACUAUGAGCAGUCGUUAUGGAGCGAGCUGGACUUGUACCGCGACACCCUCAUCCGUGCUAUCAGUUUGGAGUCCAAAGUUGGACAGCGUGAAUGGUCGACGUAA